UGGUAACUGCUUGAAUUGCAUGCAUGUAAUAAGUAUUUAUGUUAUUACCCAAAUGAGCGAAAUCUCAUUGAAUGUCUGGAAUUGUUGGAAUUUGUAAUAAGGUUGUCAAUUAUGGAAAUUCAAUUAUAACCUUAAUCGCACAACAAUUACCCAAACAUAUCGAAAUUCCUCUUCAACGCAUACAAAAAAGGCCCUGCAAGUCAAUCUGCAAAGACUGAAAAGAGAGUUUUUCAGUUUUAAUUUCACCCUCUGCCAAAUUGCCAAGUAGCAAAUCCGCCAUGGACGUUGUACCUCAGCUGCAGAAACAAUUUGUGGACCUCAUAGCUUCUCUGUAUCAUGAGGGCUUUUUGGAUGAUCAGUUUCUGCAGCUUCAGAAACUGCAGGAUGACAGAAACCCAGACUUCGUGGCUGAGGUGGUUUCACUUUUCAUUGAAGAUUCUGAGAUGCUUAUUAGCAAUCUGGCCAAAGCUCUUCAGCAGCCAGUUGUAGACUAUAACCAGGUUGAGGCCCAUGUUCACCUGUUCAAGGGAAGAAGUUCCAGCAUAGGUGCACAAAGAGUUAAGAAUGUGUGUGUAUCUUUCAGAAACUUUUGCAAUGAGAAGAACCUUGAUGGGUGUGUGCAAUGCCUGCAACUUGUGAAAAAUGAAUUCUUUGUUGUGAAGAACAAAUUCGAAACUUUACUCAAGCUCGAGCAGCAAAUCUUGGCCGCUGGUGGGAAAAUUCCUAUUCUGCCAUAAGUUCGUUACAUUGACGUAAAGGCCUAUCUGGGCAUACUGGAGGGGGGAUGUUACAAAUAACUUUUAUACUUCUGAUAGAGGUAUAAGGAAUUGCUAUAGAGGAAACAGGCGAUAAACCGAAUAAAACCUUCUUCUUCUUCCAUAUACUGUUAUAUCAGCUGAUACAUACUCUUUGCAUUUUGAACUUGGUUGAUAUCAUUGGCAGCUUACUUUAUGGUUGAUUA